AUAAAUAAGUUACUGAAUAAUUUCGAAAUUCAAUUGUUUCAGUAAAUAUUUAAUUAGGAUCAUAAUGACUAACAAUGUUGGAAAAAUCUUGGCAUUCCUUUGCUUGGCAUUCAUUGUAUUCAGUGUAGUCAUUUCCACCUCAGAUGCCGCAUACAGAAGACCACCAUUCAAUGGUUCUAUUUUUGGAAAAAGAACUGGUACUACCGCUGAAUUUGAUAACGCUGGAAAGGCACUUACCGCAAUGUGUGAAAUAGCAAGUGAGGCAUGUCAAACCUGGUUUCCAGCACAAGAAAAAUAAAUAUAGGAUCACCAUUACCAAAAUAUGAAUUGAUCUGGUUCCAGUACAUACUCA